AUGCUCCAAGCACCGUGGGUGCAGGUGGCCUCUGUGGGCUUCCCCUCCUUCGGACAGAAGGCCUUGGCCGGCAUCCGCUCGGCGCUCUUCUUUGCCUCGCGGCCGCUGCGUUUCCACCUGGUGGUUGAUGCCCUCGGCCAGCGUGACGUGCAGCGCGCGCUGGACAGCUUGGAACCCUGGUUGCGCGAGAAAGGCUCAUUUCGCUUCUACCAGCAGGAGGGUCUCCAGGAUGCAUGGCGCGAGAUCCAUGCACUAGUGCCAGAGGAUUGUUUGCAAUUCUCUGGCCAUUAUGGUAGCGCAGGGUGGCUGCGGAUGUUCCCGCACCUGGUGGUGCCUUCUUCAGAGGCCGACGAUGCUUUAAUUUGGGUGGAUGCAGGAGACUUUGUGUUCUUAGCAGAUCCUGCUGAGUUGGCGCAGCAUGUGGAAAACUUCGAUGAGGAUGACUUCAUGGCAGUGGCCGAUGAUCAGGUCUUGGCUUUGCCAAUGCAGGUCUUCUCCUUGAAGCGCUUGCGGAGCGCAAGGCGCUCGAGUUGGCGCAGCUGGGCAGAGCUCGUCACGGAUGCUGUGCACAGAGGCUACGCAGAGCAAGGGCGGAGCUUCUGCGGGCUGGGCGAAGGUGAUAGUGUGGACGGGCACUUGGAUGGAUCUAUCAUGAGAUACCUCACCAUUGGACCUACAUGCCCUGGGCUGUGUGGAACUGGGAGCCUUUGGGCAUCUUCUGACACCCUAUGGCGCCUGCCGGCCGAUCCUGUGUGGAGUGACUCCGUCUUCCCUGGCCUGUCGGACUUCACAACUUUGAGGGUGAAGUGCCCGAGCUAUUUGGAAGACUUGGCUGGCUACAUCCGUGUGGCUUUGGAUGCAGAUCCAGAGAUGCUGAACUUGACUGGUAGCUUUGCAGACCCAAAGCCAGCCGUCGACAUUUUCCGCAAGCACUUCCGCCUAACCCGCGACGCACAGAUCGUGGACGAAUUUGCGCAGCGAGUUGGUUGCGAAGACCGUAUCAAGGCGGUUCACUUGCCGGUCAUGUUCCACGAGGUGCCUUGGGUGCACCGCUUCUUGGACUUCUGGGCUGGCGCGGAGGUUUGGAGCGCGGGCUCCAGCCGCUUGAGAGAGCUCAGAACUGAGAGGGCUGAGAUGCUGCUGAGUGUGAUGAAUCAAAACAGCGCGCUGAGUGUGAUGAAUCCCAGCUUCGAGUGCCCUCAGGAUGACAACAGCCUGACCAUCCACGGUGAUCAUGGCGUAUGCUGUUUUCUGCUUGCUGCCACAGGUUUGCAGACCUGCAAAGGCACUGUCAUGGAGCAGAAUGAGGAGGCUGAGGACUUUUUGAGAGAUGCCUGGGAAAGGCAAUUUCGCAAAAAGCCUCCGGCCCCUGGCCGCGUGACAGUGGUUACAGUAGACACCAACAAGCCGCGACGGUUCAUCAUGCUGGGUGCUGGACGGCUGCCUGUAAUCAAUGCUGGAUUUGGAGAGGAUUGGUUUUCCUGGCGUGACAAGCCUCGACUGUAUCACAAGUUUCUCAACGCUUUUGCGGCCAAACAUCCUGAACGGUUUGUGGCCCUGGUGGAUGGCUUUGACACGAUCUUUGGUGGCUGCUCUGAGGAGGAGCUUUUGAGCGCCUUCAACAUGACUGUGUCCGCCAGUGAUGCUUCUGUGGUUUGGGGUGCGGAGAACUGUUGCUUCCCUUGGCGGGACAGUUGCCUGGGGCAUCAGAGCUAUGAUAAAAUCAGCUUUUUCUUUCAAAGAACAUCAUUGGUUUCGGGAUGUUCAACACUGGUGCAGUUGAGGGGUAUUUGCCACACUUUUUGA